UUAUAGUUAAUUUCCCAACUCGAAAAAAUGUUGGGAGAAUUAAACAUUGCCAAUGAAUCAAUGGCUGCAGAACUUGGACCUCUUGCACAACAAAAAGGUGUUGUACUUGUAGAACAAGGGGAACAAUUAAUUUUACAAUGGAAAGGAGAAAAUAAAGAAGACAUUUGUAUUAAUCAAAAUAUUUGUGAAAGAAUUGCUCAAAAAGUUCAACAACUUAAAGAAGCUGUUAUUGCUGUUGUACAAUUGGCUAGAGAGAAGAUUGGGGCUAGUAAAGCUCAGAAACUAACAAUAUUGGACAAAUGGCUCAAUACUGUUGCUAAUCCAUUCUUAUCUGAAUCACUCAUUCUCAGUCCAAUAGCUGCUGAAACAACCGAAUUCACUGCCAAACAUAAAAGUUUCCUAACAGAAAUAACGGAAAACGAAAAUCUUCUAAAAACAGUCCAAAAUCAUCAAAAACAUUUGGAUUCUAACCAACUCGAGCAAUUAAUUAAUAUUCAAAGAAAACUGAUUUCUUAUAAAAUAAUAGUCGAAAAACGACUGGAAUUGGCUUCAAAAUUAGAACAACUACAAAAAUUAGGACGAGAAUUAGAAACUUCACUUCAUUUUCUAGCUACGUUAUUGCAAGGCGGUGGAUAUAGACCAGAAACAGAACAACACGUUAAUAAUUUAUUACAAACAGUAAAGGAACAUUGUAUAAGGGAGAAACAACAAUGUGGGGCAAUAAACUGGUCACGCUCUCAAGUUAUCUCACAUCAACGUCAAUAUUCCUUAUUUGAACAACAAUGCAAACAAUUUAUGAAUUUUAAAGAAAUUCAACCAGAAAAUAAUUUUAAAAAUCAAAAUUUACAACAACCUUCAAUAAAGAAAAUCAAAGAAAAUAAACAAAAAAUAAUUGAAGAAUUGGGUGAAUAUAAUAAUCAACAAUCAAAUUUAGUGCAAAAAAUAAAUAUUGAAAAUGGUGAUUGCCAGAGUUCUAAAGUUCCUCCUAGCAUUGGACCACCUCUAUGCAGUCAGCUAGUGCGUGAGGGGCAAACUGUCGUUCUUAAGACUCGCAUACGAGGUACUCCUUUCCCAAGCGUUCACUGGUUCUAUAAUGACAGCCCUAUAGACUUUGAAAGAUCAGAUAUUGGAUUGAGUCGUCAUCAAGAUGGUCAAUGCAUACUAACCAUUCCUUGCGUAUUAACUGAACAUGCGGGUCAAUACAGCAUUAAAGCUGAGAAUAUAGCGGGUAGAGCAACAUCUACAGCUACUUUGAACGUUCUGCUCGGGAUAGGUAGCCCAGCUGCACCUUCUGGUCAAUUCCAAUUUCCUUCUUCAAUGAAACAUCAAAAUAAACAACAACAAGGUCCCGUCUACGCAUUGAUUAAAUCAGAAGGUUCUGAAUCGAGAAGGGCAAGUGAUGGAGAUAUUAUAGACCCUGGCUAUUCCAGCCUCGCAAAUCCACCAGAAUGCUUCCGCCCCUUUCCUUCAGAGGUGACCAUUAAUGAGGGAGAGAAAGCUGAAGUUGAUUGCAUGAUAUUGGGCAAUCCACGGCCAAAAGUUCAAUGGUUUUUUAAUGGACGGCAAAUUAAAUCUAAUGCAGAAUUUGUCGAGCUUUUAAAUGUUGGAGAUACCUACUCAAUUCGUUUUAAUUACGCUCGUUUGGAAUGUGCCGGUUGGUAUCGUCUUGUUGCAGAAAAUAUUCGUGGUCGUUGUGAAUCAUUAACUCUUAUCCAUGUUCGCCCAAAAUCAUUAAUUCCAAAGCCUAUUGGAAGUAAUAAUCAAAGGGCUAGACGUUCAAUUGGUGGUGUUCAAGGAUUAUUACAGUGGCAGAAGCAAAGGCAACAAUUGCUUGAACAACACCAAGCUAGAGCUUUAAGUACCCCUCCACGUCGUGAUUUUGAAGCUAAAAGACACUCAACCUCUUCAGCUCAUGCAGAAAUUAUGGGGAUUAUGUCAACUUCGGAUUAUGAACCUGAUAGAAGGCAAUCAGGAUUGGAAAUAUUCGUCAACGGAUUUACUGGCAAUGAAGCAACAGAAAUUCAUAGUUAUACAGAUAUUAACAGACCUCCUUCUAGUGAUCAAGAACGGACACUUAUUCUCUCCCCAAGAAUUAUUCAGGAAAAUAAUUUUGAUGUGUCCCCUCCUCAUUUUACUAAAACAUUAGUUUCUGCAAUUGGAAAUGAAGGACAAAAUGUAAAAUUUGAAGCAGUCGUCAUUGGUGAUCCUUUGCCUCGAGUUGUGUGGUCUAAGGAUGGGAAUAUAUUAAAGUCGAAUGAACGUAUUUCUAUUUGGAAUGAUAAUUAUGGCAAAACAAUACUUAAUAUAAAUAAUAUUUGUAUUAAUGAUGCUGGCAAAUAUUGCUGUACAGCAGAAAAUAAAGCAGGAAAGGCUUGCACUUCUGCUCAACUUGUACUUUCUGCCAAAAUGAUUGCUCCUGAUUUUGUUGAACGCCUUGUUAGCCAAGAUGUAGAAAUCGGCUCUUCACUACUUUGGACGGUUAGAACUAUCGGAGAUCCUGAACCUUUAGUUAAAUGGUUUAGAGAUGGAAUUCCGAUUUCUACAGAGUUUGGAAUUAAAAAUGGUCUUCAAACAACUAAAGACGCCCCAUUUAUCUAUUCCCUCAGAAUUGAAUCCCUAAAUGUUGGACAUGCAGGACAAUUUACCUGUUUGCUAGAGAAUAUUGCCGGGGAAGCUAGGAGCACUGCCGAUUUGGUUGUUAGACCUAAAGGUGCACCUCCAGGGAAGUAUGUUCACGUAACCAAAGUGACACAGGAAAGGCAAGAAAAUGGGGUAGCCAAAAAUGAAGUAGUUAUUUUAGAAAACAACGAAAAUAAUCAUUUUUAG